AUGAAUUUUUUGCUUUUAUUCUUCAGCGCCACUCUCAUAUUUAACAGUAUGAGAUGCGAGGAGCGAAACUUUCGAGUUUACAUCAAAGAAGUAAACAUUACACAUUUAGAUACGGAUUUGUAUGAAAAAUUCGAGUGUAAGGUAUACCAAGUGGACAAUCGCACCUAUAUGGACUCCGUUCAUAUUUUCAAACGCACAGUUGACGAUAUUACCGUGCAUGCCGCUCUGGAUUUUUGGAAAUUGAACAGCAAACAGAAAAUGAAAUUAUAUGAUGUUCAGUUUAAUGGAUGUUACAUUCUCGAAAAUGCUAACAAGAAUCGAUUGUUCAAUAUGUACGUACAAAAUUUGAAAAAGCAUUCAAACGUUAAAUUCAAAUGCCCCUUUCGAGCUAAUGUGAGCUAUGAAGUUAAGAACUUGACGAUGAGCGAGCAGGAUUUCCCUUCGUUUGUACCUCUCGGAAAAUUUCGAUCAUUAAUUGAGUAUUGCACAAAUCAAAAACUGAGGGCUCGAGUCAUCGCAAGCGGACAAAUUUUGCCUCACUCAACUGACCCGUUAAAAGUACUAGAAUGA